AUGGAUGACAAUAAAAAUAUUUUUGCAGCUUCGGGUCGUGUGGGGUGUCGCGGACAACAAAAUCAACUGGAGUUGUUCGAGCAAAUUGUCGUUGUUAUGCGCCAUGGAGAGCGCCGCGACGGGGCGGUUGGCGCUGAACCAGAGGCUGAUCCCCCGCUGACUGAGAGCGGUGCGGCGCAGAUUGCGAAAACUGCCGAAAAACUUCGUGUCAUGCUGGGAGAAAAAAAAGCAAGAGAAAUGCUUAUUAUUGUUUCGCCCUUUUUACGGACGCGUCAAACCGCCGAAGUGUUGCGCCAGUGUGGAAUUGGUGCUUUAGAGCCUCCACUUGUCGACAACACUCUUUGUGAGGUGUACGGACCCUUGCGGAUAAAGGGCAUCACUGCCCAAGUGUUGCCGGAUGCGGUCGUGAAGAAGGGUUCUGGUAAAUUACCGCAGUGGGGGGAGUCUAUUGAACUGGCGUCAGAGCGCUACGUAGAGAAUAUGCUCCGUAACUCCCACAGUUAUCCACAUAAUAAUUUAUUACUUGUAACCCACGGAGACGCCAUAAGUGCUAUUGUAACGGCCUUGUAUCCAACGCGCGUUGUGUACGAGACAGAAUAUCUCUCCUUCAUUGCUCUUAAGGGAGGCUCAAAAAGUGGAUCUGGUGGUGGCACAGACUCGUAUCGGUUGUUUAACUCGAGCGGAGUACGUUGGAUCGAGGACGCUCUUAGCGCGACGCGGCAUUCAAAUGAGUCUAGCGGUGAGUAUCACCGCAUGAAUUUUGUUGUCAAUGCGAUUGACGGAUCCCGGGAUACGACUAAUGGUUCUCAUGAUGUAACAGAAAAUGCCUCCGCAGGAACUACUAUUUUGUUCCGCCUUAUGCUAAUUAGUUCACAGGCUUUGACGCUGCCUCUGUGGUCUCAUGGAGGCAGUGCUGCGAUUUACGUGGGUGUGGUUAUUGCUCUGGAGUUGGUUUCGGUUGCUCACUCUCUGAGGUUGUUGCGUUGCGUGCAGUCAGAUGUGACGUCCAGCUCCGUGGAGCAUAUCCGUAGGCUGACGCCACGCCAAAUCGCCUUCCUUGGGUGUGGCAUAAGUCCAAAACUGCAAAGGUGCGUUCUCUCCCUUGGAAUGUCUCUUGUAAAGGCGGUUGGAAUAUUUGUGUUAUGCAUGAUCGUUGCCACAUUCGCAACGGCAUUUAGCAAGUCGCAGUUUGUUGUCAUGCGAGAGUCGUAUGCCGCGGCCUUUGCAUCAGGCAGGAAGUUUAUUGUGUUUGUUUUAUUUGUGGUGUUUGAUACACUUCGCAGGUUCUAUGAGGUGGAACAUUUGGCAUAA